UGGGGUGAGGAUGAUGGUGAUGUGUGGAGGUGGAAAGGGGAGGUGUGUUACCAUCGAAGUCUUCGGCGAUCUUCUCUAGACGAUCUGUGUGUCGUUGAAGCUGGAGAAAAGUCACGGGCUUGACGCCGAGUUUCUGCACUGUGCUGGCUUGUGCUUCGCUUCGCACGAGGGCGUGGAUGUCCAGCUGCUCGGUCCAUGGCUUUUGUCUUCGAGGUUGGAGGAUAGGUUGGUUCCUUUCCGCUCUGAGGUGUAUUAGGGUAGGUCCUGUGUUCUUGGAGAUGGGACUUUCGUACAUAAUUCCAGAAACUCCGGUGAUGAGCAGUGGAUGGGAUGUCACGAUGUACGAGGGUGUGAGAUUGAAGAGAGUUUGGUUACGAGGAACUACAUUUCUUGGAGGAAAAUAUGUAUUCAAUAUCUGGAUGGACUUGUAAGAGUAUGCGAUGCUUAUUGUAUGGUAGCAGGAUGGUUCGUCGAUCUGGGCUUGCGACGUCGGAAAAAGCGACUCGAAAGUGGAUUGGUGGACUCUCCGCAGAUCGACUGUGUAGGGUACUCGGAACGGAAGUUGGAACAAGAAUUGAACGACUGCCACAAAUUGUGGAGUAGAUGGCUUCCGAAUGGUCCUUUUUGGUCUGUGACCGGUACUGCAAUGCCAGAAGUACUGACUCGCACAGUUUGUUUUUCGUGGAAGUGCGGACUGGGAAUUGGCCACUUCCGCGCACUCAGAGUCAGUGACAAAAAGUUAGAUCACCCCUAUCCGCCUCCCAACGAUGUAACUCAACAUGCAUGUCAAUGGCUAAAGACAAAAUGCUUGGUAUUGGACAACUAUAGCAAGGCCUUAAUGUUUCUUUUUAUGAUAGUAGCGAUUAUGAUUCUUACCGGCGUGAAAAUCACAUGAGAGCUGAAGUUCUCCUUGGCUAUUUGGCGAAUAGUCUGUAGUUAUUAAACAUCCUGGGCAAUAUUCUCACAAAGUGUUGAAAUAUCGUCCAAUGUAGUCGUCGAAUGUCGGGAAGCGUGUCAUACUGAGGCAGAA